GGCGGCGGGGCGGCGGCAGCGGGGCCUGCGGGGCGGCCGGGGCCAUGGGUCGCCUGCACUGCACGCAGGACGCGGUGCCCGAGGCCGUGGGCGGCGACAUGCAGCAGCUGAACCAGCUGGGCGCGCAGCAGUUCUCAGCCCUAACAGAAGUAAUUUUCCACUUCCUAAUCGAGCCCAAAGAGGUGGAAAGGUUUCUGGCUCAACUGUCUGAAUUUGCCACCACCAAUCAGAUCAGUCUGGGCCCUCUCAGAAGCAUCGUGAAAAGCCUCCUCCUGGUUCCCAAUGGUUAUGCCGGUCAAAUACUUGUUGCAGCUGAUUCAUUCUCGCCCUGUCUCCCCUGCCUCCCAGGUGCCUUGAAGAGGAGUCUCACAGCGGAGCAGGUCCGGGCGGAUUUCCUAACUCUGGGCCUCAGCGAGGAGAAAGCCACUUACUUUUCUGAAAAGUGGAAACAGAACGCCCCCACCCUUGCUCAGUGGGCCCUGGGGCAGACCCUGAUGAUCAACCAGCUUAUCGACAUGGAGUGGAAGUUCGGAGUGACAUCUGGAAGCAGUGAAUUAGAAAAAGUGGGCAGUAUUUUUUUACAAUUAAAGUUGGUGGUUAAAAAAGGAAAUCAAACUGAAAAUGUGUACCUAGAAUUAACCCUGCCCCAGUUCUACAGCUUCCUGCACGAGAUGGAGCGAGCCAGAACCAGCAUGGAGUGUUUGAGCUGAUUUCUCUGUCACCUUCCCUUCCCUGGUGACUGUUCUCAAGGCACCUUCCUCUGGCCAUGGGCUCUCCAGGUGGCCCUGCUGGCUCUGGGGAGUGCAGGUGCACAGA